ACCUCCUCCUCCUCCUCCAGUCUCAUCGUCGACAUGAAAGCCGUUGUGGUACUCGCUUGCUGUGUGGUGUGUGUGAUAGGCAGUCCCACCUUCCCCACCGCUGCCCCCACGCCCGUAUCCAUCAUAUUCGACGAGCGAGACCCUAUUGACGCCCAUGGAGGAUAUGGCUACAGGUUCCAGACUGGUAACGGCAUCACCCAGUCAGAGAGCCACGGACCCACUGGUUUCCUGGGCAAGAUGUCUACUAAAGGCGGCUACUCGUUCACGCACCCUGACGGAACUCUCCACGAACUGAGCUACACGGCCGACGAGCGAGGCUUCCUUCCUUCAUCUGACCUCCUUCCCACACCUCACCCUCUCACCCACUGGCAGAAAGAACAGGUUCGAUUCGCUGAGCAACAAAGACGCUUGAAGGCCCUAGCUGACGCCCGGGCCGCUCUGGAAGCCCUGCUCUAACUCCUCCUGCGUGUCUUAGUGUGACCUGGAAGUAAUUUUCUCUCCCUCUCUUUACCUCACCAUCGUUUACUCGUUAUCUAUCUCUAUUUCAUCUAUUCUGGUUCUCUUAUUCUCUCUUUAUCCUCAUUUACCUAUGAAACUCUCUC